AUGCGCACCACUUUUCUUCGUGACGUCGCAACAGGCCUCGAGUCGGCCGCCAGAAGCUUCAACUCGGAAACCCGCCGUUACAAUGGUUACAACUCGAACGCUCCCAAGCCUGCAGCACCAGCAUCAGCCCCUGCCUCUGCUCCUGCCCCUCGUGCGCCUACGACUCAGUCGAACUUCACACCCAAGGCUGCUCCUUCGGCUCCCGCUCCUGCAAGCGAGCCCACUCGUUCUCUCACAAAUGGCUUGAGCGACCCUCCUCCGAUACUGGACGAAAGCGAGAAGCAAGUCGACUGGACUCGUUCAUUCCAUGGCAUUUCUUCGCAACCUUUCAGCUCCGAAGCUGCCGCUAUCCUUACACAAGAGAUCCCUUUUGACGAUAUCGAGGUCAAGCCCGACGGAAUCAUCUACCUGCCCGAGAUCAAGUACAGAAGAAUCUUGAAUAAGGCGUUCGGUCCUGGAGGUUGGGGUCUUGUUCCCCGUGGUGAGACCAUUGUCACGGGCAAGCUCGUUACCAGAGAAUACGCUCUUGUUGCUGGAGGACAACUCGUUUCGAUAGCCCGCGGCGAACAACAAUAUUUCGACCCCGAUGGUAUCCCUACCGCGACCGAGGGCUGCAAGUCCAACGCUCUUAUGCGCUGCUGCAAGGACCUCGGCAUCGCCUCUGAACUCUGGGAUCCCCGCUUCAUCAGGAAAUACAUGAAGGAGAUGGCCAAGGAGAUGAUUGUCGAGCACGUCGUCACCAAGAAGAGAAGAAAGCACUUUAUGAGAAAGGAUGACGAGCUGAAGUACCCCUUCAAGGAAGUCGUCAUUCCUGGCCAAUCUGCCGUUAGAAAGUAG